UGAGACAUUCACUGAGAGCAGUCGCAAAAUUAAAGUUAAAAAAAAUCGUCUGGAAAACAAUUUUGUACGAAUUCCCAGCUCAAGACCUAAAGUCGUGAAACAAUCAGAAUACAUCUUUUGAGCAUUGAAAAUGUGUGAUCCAUGUUGCGGACCAUGUGGCCCUUGUGGACCCUGCGGACCUUGUGGACCAUGCGGUCCCUGUGGGCCUUGUGGACCUUGUGGCCCAUGUGGACCUUGCGGGCCAUGCAGCCCAUGUGGUCCGAGUAAUCCAUGCUGUGAGCCUCGGAAUCUGUCUGCUGGUCAACUGGCCUGUAUGGCCCAAUGUCCAACUGGUUGCCCUCCGCCAACGUGCGGUCCACGGUUCGUGACCGUUCAACAACCCCCGCGAUUAGUAGCCCAGAAGAAAGUCAUCAACUGUACCCGCACCGUCAUCGACAAACAUGUGUUGCCCCAAACGAAAGCAAUUGUAGAGCCAAAGCUUGUAUACCAACCGAAGACUAUAGUGGAGCCAUGCGUAAUUUUCAAAAAACGAGUCGUUCCGGAGCCAAAAGUUAUCUACUAUAGUCGGGUCGUUCCGGAUCCAAAAGUUGUUGCCACUCCACGGGUGAUUGUGGAACCGAAGGAAUACUGCACUACCAUGGUCUGCCAACCAAAACCGCAAAUUGUGCCGGUUCCUGCACCCCGAGAGUACUGCUGUAUGUCUACAGGAACAACGUUCUUUAACAACCAGUGCUGUCCACCUACGCCAGGCCCAAUCUGUCCCCCGAGAAAAUGCUAGAACAUGCAACAGUGACAGAAUAAUUUUCUAUUUUUGUAGGGAUAUCCUUUGAGACGCAUAAGAUCGGCCAUUAGAAAUCCUACCCCGAAGCCCAAAAUUCCCAAGACAAACUACUACUGCCCACCAGCGUACAGAUGUUGCAAAUCAGUUUGGAAGGCGCCAAAUCCCUGCUGCUAUGGUGCAC